CACUGGUGCCUGAGCUGUAGGCUGCUUUUAAGAGAGGCUUUGAGGGGGCAAGUAGGAGGCAGGUCGGAGUCCCCCCUGGGCCGGUUCCCAGAGAGAGUGGCAGCCCCUUGGGACUCGGCGGCAGGAGGCAUGGAUCCAGCAGACACGGCAGAAGUCGGCAGAAAGGAGGAGGAGCAUGAGCCGGAGACCUCUUCGCUGAAAGCUUGUUUCAGCCAGGGUGAGUCCGAGGCUGACCUCAAACUCGGACCACAUUGGGCAAAAUAUUCCUGCAUUGCAGGGGGUCAGACUAGAUGACCCUGCUGGUCCCUUCCAGCUCUAUGGGUCUAUAGUAGCUGGCAGCCUCGUUGUCCUUGAGGCCAAAGCCUCUUCAGGGGGUAGUAGGGGAUGUGGAAAGUCCGCCAGUCCUGGAAUAAAUACUGGGAGCCCAGCCUUCUGAUCUCCCUUGGCCACCUGAGCAAAGCCUUUUUUUCCUGGUCUUGAAACCCGGGCAGCAGCAAAUUAUUGCAGCAUUUUCUGCAUGACAGGAUAAGAGCAACGUAUUAUUCUGGCCGCUGCUAUCAUUAACAGUUUUUAUAUAGGCUGCCUGAUAAUAUACUGCCACAUGCCGCCCCAAACUCUGAUCAGUGCAAGAUUCCAGGGGUUCCAGGCGCUUACCCAGGGUUUGUGUUUCCUUUUGGAAAUGAGACACAGCAGAGACUGUGGUGUCAUCCGGAUAUAGGGUUUAUUUACACACAUACACAACCUGAGCCUGUGAUAGAGGGCCUCACAGCAUCAACCCCCCAAAAGGGUCUUUUUCUCCCAUAGCCACAGCCUUGGAGUCAAACAGAAGUCAGCCAUGACGCACUCUUGCUCUCUGCCUUUUCCAGGCUGAAACCUUUUCCCCUCUAGGUCACAUCACAGCAAAUUCUGCCCUCAAUCUCCUGCUUUGUCCUACUAACUGUCUAAGAGAGGGGGGCCCACCCAUUUGGCCUCUGGCACAGAGCCCCUAUCCUUGGUUCUCUUAAUGGCUCAUCAGGAAGCUAGCCUGGCUUAUGUUUUAACACUUGCUGGGUCCAGGUGUUCAAAGGUCUGGCACUUACAAACUCAUUGUUUGUGGUUGACCACAAACUUGACAUGAGCCAACAGUGUGACGCGGCAGCUAAAAAAGCCAAUGCAAUUCUGGGCUGCAUCAAUAGGAGUAUAGCAUCUAGAUCAAGGGAAGUAAUAGUGCCACUGUAUUCUGCUCUGGUCAGACCUCACCUGGAGUACUGUGUCCAGUUCUGGGCACCACAGUUCAAGAAGGACACUGACAAACUGGAACGUGUCCAGAGGAGGGCAACCAAAAUGGUCAAAGGCCUGGAAACGAUGCCUUAUGAGGAACGGCUAAGGAAGCUGGGCAUGUUUAGCCUGGAGAAGAGGAGGUUAAGGGGUGAUAUGAUAGCCAUGUUCAAAUAUAUAAAAGGAUGUCACAUAGAGGAGGGAGAAAGGUUGCUUUCUGCUGCUCCAGAGAAGCGGACACGGAGCAAUGGAUCCAAACUACAAGAAAGAAGAUUCCACCUAAACAUUAGGAAGAACUUCCUGACAGUAAGAGCUGUUUGACAGUGGAAUUUGCUGCCAAGGAGUGUGGUGGAGUCUCCUUCUUUGGAGGUCUUUAAGCAGAGGCUUGACAACCAUAUGUCAGGAGUGCUCUGAUGGUGUUUCCUGCUUGGCAGGGGGUUGGACUCGAUGGCCCUUGUGGUCUAUUCCAGCUCUAUGAUUCUAUGAUUCUAUGAUUCUAUGAUUCAUAACAACAACAACAAUUUAUUUGUAUCCCGCCCAUCCGGCUGGGCUUCCCCAGCCACUCUGGGUGGCUUCCAACAUAGAUUAAAAAUACAUUAAAAUGUCAUACAUUAAAAACUUCCUUAAACAGGGCUGCCUUCAGAUGUCUUCUAAAUGUCAGGCAGUUGUUUAUCUCUUUGACAUCUGAUGGGAGAGUGUUCCACAGGGCAGGCACCACUACCGAAAAGGCCCUCUGCCUGGUUCCCUGUAGCUUUGCUUCUCGCAGGGAGGGAACCACCAGACGGCCCUCAGAGCUGGACCUCAGUGUCCGGGCUAAACAAUGGGGGUGGAGACGCUCCUUUGGGUAUACUGGGCCUUUGAGGCCAUUUAGGGCUUUAAAGGUCAACACCAACACUUUGAAUUGUGCUCGGAAACGUACUGGGAGCCAAUGUAGGUCUUUCAGGACCAGUGUUAUGUGGUUUCGGCAGCUGCCCCCAGUCACCAGUCUAGUUGCCGCAUUCUGGAUUAGUUGUAGUUUCCGGGUCACCUUCAAAGGUAGCCCCACGUAGAGCGCAUACAUUCAAUGUGUGGCUAACAAAAGAUAAAAGAUAAAAGAGUAAAACACAAAUGGCUGGAGGGUUUUUUGGUGUUUGUGGGGGGGGGUCUUUUUGGUGAUCUGACCCACGUUAUCCUGAGUGACAUCUCUCCCCUCCCAAUGAUUUAGCAGAGAGGACCAUAGAGCACAAUCCAAUUGCACCAAACUUUCAUUCACCUUGAGCGGCAAGGGUCCUACUUGCUAAAAACUGGAAAAAAAGAAACUGCGCCAACAAAAAAGGAAUGGCAAGAUAAACUGUUAGAGUAAGUUGAACUGGCUAGAUUAACAGGCAAUUAGAGAUCACACUAGGCAAGAGUUUCAAAAAGCAUGGGGGAAAUGCAGAGAAUACUUCACAAAACAGUGCCCUAAAAUACAUACCUGGACUUGUUUCGAUUAAUGUCUGCAGGAGACUUUGUGGAUAUUUAAGUUAUAAUUAGAAGAAUAUUAAUAAUUACUCAUAAAGGAAACAGUUUAUAAGAAGUAAAUAAGGAUACGAGAUACAGGAUAAAGGAAGUCUUUUAUUUGGUUGUUCGUAUUGUUGUAUGUUAUGCUUUAUGUUAUGUUCACGUUUAAUGAGGGUGGGUUUCUGUAUGGGGGUGGGGUGUGUGUGUUAUGUUGUAAAUAAAAUUCCAUUAAAAAUUAAAUAAAAAAAAUAAACUUUCAUUCUCCUUGGACAGGGACUUUUGAGCAAUUGUUCUGGAUUGUAUAUUAUGGCCCAUACAUUAACCUCCCUUCUCUAGGGAGCUGCCCUUUCCCCUCAGGUGACCAGCUAUAAUGACCUAGAAGGCUUUCAUUUUCCUCCCUCUCCCUCAGGUUUGAAGCAGCUGCAUAAGACCCAGGAACUCUGCAAUGCCACUUUGGUAGCUGGAGGGAAGCGGUUUCCGUGCAACAGGUGGGUCCCAUGCCGGACAGGAGGGCCAGAAAUGCCCUUUUAGCAAAUGGAGCCAAGCAGCCAGCUCCUUCUUAGAGUUCAUCCACAUUUCUGCUUCUCCUGUGAUUCCCAGGCACAGAUCCAAGACAUUUUCCUUUUGUCCUUCCGCAUUCCCUGCUGUUUGCUACUGAAUCAGAACAAUCUGUAGAAAAACCGAUUGACGUUUAUUACAGUUCAGCGGUAAACAGUGUGUUUUCCCAGAGAAAGUGGUGGGGGAAAAUUAAAAACCUCUUACAUCCAUGCCAAGAAAUCCCAGGAAUUUGCAAGUUUGGAAGCCUCCCUAAUAUCCCACUGGGAAUGUGUAGGCAGUGCUGUUGGAUAUGGGAAUUUAUUUAUUCAUUUCAAGUCUUAUUCGCAGGGUGGCAUGCGAAAGUCUGACUAAAUACAAUUUGAAAACCAACAGGAAACAGUAACAAAACAGAGGAAGACAAAAUAAAAGCCUGAAAACCCUGUCAACAGAAUAAAACACAAUUUCCCAAAAAUUCAAGAGAGUUAUUCUUGUAUGCAACUGCAGCGGCUCAAAUACUCGUGGCCAAGGGAUGGAAAGAUCAGGAGGCUCCAAAAAUAAUAGAUUGGCAAAUCAAAUUACAGGAAUUUGUGGAGAUGGCUCAAUUGACUAGCAAACUCAGAGGAAACUCAAAGCAAAAAUUUGCGGGAAAAUGGGAUGGUUAUAGAAGAUAUGUUCAAAAAUACAAUAAUAGUUUUGACUCCAUGCUAGCAUUCGAGUGACAAAGGAAGUAAAAGGAGGUGGAUAACAAUUAAGGAUUUAUUAUGUUUUCUGAAUGUAUUGGAAAAUUUAUAUAGAAAGGUUUAUUGUUUUGUGUACAUUCAAUUCUAAGACAAAACAUAUGCGAAGGGACUUGACAGGAAGUCAAGAUAAAAGAUAAGAUAAAAGGGGGGAAAUAUUUAUUUUCAUUAUUAUCACUAUUAUUAUUUAUUAUUUUUUCUUCUUUUUCUGUGUGUGUGUAUAUUGGGUAUGGAAUAUUUGGGAGGAAAUAAGAGGGUAAAUAACAAAUAACAAACAAAAUACUGAUGUAUGUAAUUUUUAUUUCUCAAUUAUAUUUUGUGGUAGUAUGGUUGUAAUGUUUUUUGUAACAUAAAAUCAUUCAAUAAAAAUUAUUUUUUAAAAAACAAAAACAGAAUAAAACACAAUUUCCCAAACCAUCUACAGUCUAAAACUCAUGGAGAAAUAGGAAGCUCUUAACCAGGUGCUGAACAGCUCUUAAUGUCAGCACUUGGAGUGACUCUUUAGAAGGGGCAGUUCAGAGUCAGAGCAUAAAAACACAAGAAAAUCCUGCUGGAUCAGGACAGUGGCCUACAUAGUCCAGCAUCCUGUUCUCACAGCGGCCAACCAAAGGCCUGUGGGAAACCUGCAAGCAGGAUUUGAGCACAAGAGCAACUCUCCCCUCCCGUGGUCUGAGCUAGUACUCAGAAGCACCACCGCAGAAAAGACCCUCUCCUUUGCAUAAGCACAGUGUGGUGUAGUGGUUAAGAGCGGUAGACUCGUAUUCUGGUGAACCGGGUUCGAUUCCCCGCUCCUCCACACGCAGCUGCUGGGUGACCUUGGGCCAGUCACACUUCUUUGAAGUCUCUCAGCCCCACUCACCUCACAGAGUGUUUGUUGUGGGGGAGGAAGCGAAAGGAGAAUGUUAGCCACUUUGAGACUCCUUAAAGGGAGUGAAAGGCGGGAUAUCAAAUUCAAACGCUUCUUCUUCUUCACAACAUACCUCCAAGAGAAGAGAUAUGAUUUAUCCCAUUUUUCAGGUGGGGCAACUGAGGGUAAAAGGAUGGUUGGUACUUGAGGGUACCCAGCCACUCCACGGCCAAUCUGACGGUCUCCAUUUCCCCCACAGGGCCCUGUUAGCCUCCGUCAGCCCUUACUUCCAGGCUGUGUUUACGAGCGACUUUAAGGAAUCCAGAGACGGGGAGGUUUUGCUGAAAGACAUGGAUCCUUCCCUCCUCCAGAAUCUCUUAGCCUACCUCUACUCGGGAGAACUGGCCCUCACUGCAGAGAACGCUGAAGAUCUGUUCACAGCAGCCAGCCGGCUCCAGGUCACACCAGCCCUUGAACACAUCAGCAGGUAGCGCAAGAGGUCUGGCUCCUCUUAUAUUUCUCCCCAACACCUGUUUCGAAAGCCAAAGGAAUAAGCGGCUUCCACCCACAGGAUUUCCAGUGACGUUCUUUCUCUCCAUUGCUCCCUGGCAGAUAUCUAUCAGAAAGGAUCUCCAAAGAGAAUUGCUUCCACUUGUACAUGCUGGCCUACGACCACAACAACCCCACCUUGCUGCGAAGCACCAUGCACUACCUGGGCCUCAACUUUGAAACCCUCUUGGAACACAAGGAUUUCCCGAAUCUCGACCUCAGAGCUCUGAUCUGCCUCAUCUCCUCGGGCCACUUGGUCAUCACCUCCGAAAUGUACGUCUUCUGGGCUGUGCAGCGGUGGGUGGCAGCCGCACUCGCUGAGCGCCUUCCGGUACUCAAGACGCUCCUGCAACAUGUCCGCUUCCCUCUCCUGACGCCCAGGGAAAUUGCAGAAGUCCAGGAAGAUGUAGCGACCCUCGACCAGCAAGUGGAAUUGCAGUGGGGAGACCUAGAUGGGGCAGGGAGGCUGCAGGCGAGUGGGGGUCUCCGGCAGGGCAUGUACCAGGAAAGGAUCAUCUGCAUCAAAGUGCCUCGCUUGAGGGACAUCCUCUCCGUCAACGAAGAUAUGGAUUGCUACAUGGAGUGCUUGGAUCCAGCUACGGGGUCCAGGACCAAACUGCCACCUUUAGAGCUCGUGGCACUCCCUGGAUGCUCAGCCCUGGAUCACAAGCUCUACAUCUCAGGAGGCAAACACCCUGAUGGCUCCUACUCCCAGGCACUGCAUGAGUACAACUCUGUAGCCAACCACUGGCUCCAGCUGCCCGCCAUGUCAACGCCCCGGUCCGUCCACAUACUUUUGACUUGCAAGCACAAGCUGUUUGCCCUGAGUGGCUGGAAUGACACAGGCCCCCUCGCCUCUGCGGAGAGUUUUGACGUGGUUAAGCAGACGUGGUCACCCAUCGCCAGCCUGCCCGUCAUCCUGCGCUUCUCUGCCUCGGCCUCGUACAAGAACAAGCUCUACCUGAUCGGAGGAGACGCAGAUUCCGACGAAGUGGUUUACCAGGGCAUCCUUCUCUAUGACAUCCUCUUGGAUACCUGGGUACAGGUGCCUCUGGAAUUCUGUCUCCACGGUGCAGCUGCUGUCACCAUGGAGACCGGGAUCUGCGUCCUAGGGGGCUUCUUUGCCAAAAAAAACACCCAGACGUACCCAAACAGCAGGUUCAGCCAGCUUCUUCCAUGUACCUCGAAAUGCUUUUUCAUGCGCGAGGAUGGCGUCAUAAGCAACGAGGUCACCAUCCCUCCGCUGCCACUGCCUCUUGCCUUUGCAGGCGCAGCUUACUUCCAGGGGAAAAUUUAUGUGAUGGGAGGGGUAUGCACCUCCAGGACUCACGAUGCCAUUUACCACUGGGAGCCUGGAGAAAGUUCCUGGACUCAGUACCCAGAGAGCCUGACGGGCCAAGGAACGGUGGUGCGGAGGGUGCUGAAAUGCGUGACCCUGAAGGUGCUGAAGCCAAACUUGAAGGCGCUUGUCCAAGACGAUUCUGCAAGCCGGGUGGCUAUUGGGCUUGCAGACACCAAAGUCCCCUUCAAAGAGAGGAGGGAGGAUAACGCCCCCAGUUGUCCUCCAGAUCCCUUGACAUCUUUGGGAGCUAACACACCGUAAGAGCUGAAGAAAUUCCCCAAAGGGAAGAGAUAUUUUCAUCUGGACUCCUCCAGUAUUUAGCCCAUUAAAAACCUAGGACAUCUCUCUUUCUUUCUCUCUCAA